ACCUGUCCUGCACACACCUGAAGGUCCUAAUCCCGCGAUGUUGGCGCUGAGAACUGUGAUCGUGGCUGUGGCGGUGGUGGGCGUGGCCAGGGUAGGCGCCCGCCCGCAGGUCCUGGACUUCACCAAGGUGGCGGCGACGGGCGGCUUCGGCCUCCUGGAAGCCGCCGGCCGCUCCGGAGGCGUCUUGUCCAACGUGGCCUCCGACGCCCUGGCCACCGCGCAGACCUUCGGCGAGGGAGCGCGCGACGUCUUCCGCGAGACUUUCCAGAACGGAGCGCAGGGCCUGAGCCGCUUCAGCAGCGCCUUCAGGGACACCACCGGCGAGGCAGUCCGAGGCUUCAAGGACGCGACGCGGGCGGCGAAUACCUUCUUCGCCAACGGCGUCCGCUCGACGGGGCGCCUCGCCGCCGACACCGUCAGCACCGGCUUCGAGGUGGCGAGGGAGACCGUGGGCGCGAAAGCCGACUUCCUGAAGGACGUCAACCACUCGGCCGUCAAUGGCGCUGGCAAGGUGGCGGGCGCCGUCGGGAACUUCGCCGAAGGAGCCAUCGACAACACCGUCAGCUUCAUCGCCCCCGCGACGCAGAUCGUCGAAAGAGUCAUCAACAAAGGAAUCGAAAACUUUUCGCACGUGCUCGUGCCCUCCGGGUUCUAAGCAGCCUCCCCCCCCCCCCCGCCCCUCCACAACGUCCCAACUGCCACUUCGAGAACAAGCUUAAGUUUUAUCGACAAAUCCGCGACCUCCUGAUGGGGUCUUCAACGUGCUUGACCUGUUCCCUCCCUGCGUGUCUGCUUGCCUAGCCAUAUAGUAUUUUAAGUAGAUUAUUACGUAUAUAUGUGAUCUGAAUAAGAUUUAUUUUGAAAAAGA